GGACUUUUUUUGUGGGCGGAGGGAAUAGUUUUUUUUGGUGUGAUUUUUCGAGCACAAUGAAGACAUUUACUACCCCUUCUCUCUAUCGUCUUAAUAUUUACCUGCAUCAUAAUGUCGUAAAGAACUCUCUACGUGUCAUCAGAAAGCGGAGAUGAGGUGUUUGUUACCAAGAAAUUUGUUGGAAAACGGUUUUUUUCCUCCAUGCAUGCCUCAAACAGAAAGCCAUGAUAAACAGCCGAGUAAUCAAAUGAAAAACUAUAGUUGGAGCGGCGAGCGCAAGAUUCCUUCUUACUUGAAUAGGCUUGUUUUCCCUGAAGAAUUUAUGACUGCCUUGAGAACUAUCGCAAUGAAAGAAGACGAGCUGUAUAAGGUCACAUCACUACUUAGUGAGCUUGCUUCACCUGGAAGUGAUAGCCAACCAUCUGAUGCGGAAGUUCGAGCAGCAAUUUGGGAAGCGUGUGGCGAUUCUGGAGCCUUGCAAAUGCUUGUUGAUCUACUUCAUAUGAAGAUGAUGGAUCUUGAAGAGGGUUCUGGGAGCGAGGACAAUGACACCGAAUUACUACACAGAGGCUGCUGCUCCUUAGAUGAUGACUCAGUUGACAACGAAGGAAAACUGAGCAGAAACAGUUGGUGUAGCAUAGUGUACCGCCGAGGGCAGAAACAGCUCACGCGCCUUUUCCUCAAGGAGGCUGAGCACGCCUUGCAAUUGGCAUUGGUCGAAGGAAACUAGAAUUCGUUGAGCUCUAUUUUCAUGGCAUCUUUCUCUCUCGUUUUGUUUGCCAUUUCACUCUUUUCCUUCUGUUUCUAUAGACACAUGCAAAUGAAAUUUUGGAGGGAUGGGAUUCAAGAGUACUUGUCUUGCAAUUUGUUUUUUAUACAUUCAGUACUUCUGGUCGAUAUGAAGUCAUAUUUUGAACCCUUAGUUUAUCAACAAUAUAUAGAAGGUCAAGCAAAUGAUUAUUUAUGGAAAUGUACCCAUAAAUGGACUGCGAACGUAAUGUUUGAUAAUAAAGCACUAGAUAAGGA